AUGGAAACAAGCAAUGGAAGUUCGGGAACAGACUUCAUCCUUCUGGGAUUUUCUGAUCGACCCCAAUUAGAGUGCAUUAUUUCUGUGGUUGUCUUCAUCUUCUAUAUUGUGACUCUGGUAGGAAACACAACCAUCAUCCUCGUAUCGUAUCUAGAUACACAGCUCCAUACCCCCAUGUAUUUUUUCUUAUCCAAUUUGUCUUUUUUGGACCUCUGUUAUACAACUAGCAUUAUCCCCCAGAUGCUGGUAAAUCUAUGGGGUCCAAAAAAGUCUAUUACAUAUGGAGGGUGUGUGCUCCAGUUCUUCUUUGCUCUUGACUUGGGAGCCACGGAAUGUCUUCUCUUGGCUGUGAUGGCCUAUGACCGCUAUGCUGCUGUCUGUCAACCUCUUCACUAUACAGUAAUAAUGCACCCUCAGCUUUGCCAGAAGAUGGUGCUCACUGCCUGGUUGGGUGGUCUUGGCAGUGCCUUAAUUCUUUGCUCCUUGACUUUGAAGUUGCCAAGAUGUGGGCAUCGGGAAGUGAAUAAUUUUUUCUGUGAGAUGCCAGCAUUGAUCAAGAUGGCUUGUGUCUAUUCAAAAGUAAUUGAGAUUGUUGUCUUUGCUCUCGGAGUGGUAUUUCUUCUAGUACCUCUAUCAUUAAUUCUCAUCUCAUAUGGAGUUAUCACUCAAACUGUAAUAAGGAUCAAGUCAGCAAAAAGGUGGCAAAAGGUCCUUAAUACAUGUGGUUCUCACCUCACAGUGGUAACUCUGUUUUAUGGAACACUCAUUUAUAUGUACAUGAAGCCACAGAAUACCAUAUCCCAGGAUGAAGGGAAGUUCUUUACUCUCUUUUACACUAUCGUCACACCCAGCCUUAAUCCUCUGAUAUACACUUUAAGAAACAAAGAUGUAAAGAGUGCAGUGAAGAGAAUACUGUGA